AGUUGAACAGCAUGAGAUAAGUGGAAGAACAAACGAACGAAUAGGCUUCAACAAACAAGGUUAAAUGGGGGCACAAAUAUCCAAGCUAGCUGUCACCGAAAUCCCUGAUGCCUAUAUUGCAAUCUCAAUAUGUUCCAGCUCAAAGAUAAGAAUCAUGAAUGUGACACCAGAAGUUAGAGAAUUGCUUGAAAGACUUGACCAGGAAAUAACAGAAAAAUAUGGAUCCACUCGAGGUGCACUUGUAGAAUACUUCGGUACUUUGAAAAUCCACGUUGGAGACAGGCUUACAUUUGGAGAAGGAGGUGGCAAGGACAGGUCUACUCUCGGGAAGUUCUUUGCUCUCCGUCUCCUGGAAGAAAUGUACAACUUGGGAUACAACCCGGUUACCAGCAGUGAGUUAGCGACACAGCAUGAUAAAUCUACAUGGUUCUUUGCAAAGAGUGCUCAUGAAAACAGAGGCAGGGCUAGAAUUUGUUGUAUUGCUCCAGGUGGAACAAUACGGAACAACAAACUUGUCCUGCUACAUCAUGAUGAGCAUAUAAAACAAGCAGUUAUGCUAGCUGUUGGAAAUGCAUGGCCGAGCUCAUCCGGAGCUGAGGACGUUUCAGCUGCAGGUGAGACGCUACAUGAGAUUUCUUUAGGUGGAUGCUGGGGUAUGACUCAUGAAGAUGGAAUGAAAACUCGAAAAUUAAUUUGCAGCUUGGUGGGGAAUAUGAGUGCGCUUAAUUGGAGGCUUCUCGCUUCAACUAAUCUGAAAGGGUCUGCUGACUCCCUCUACUUUAUAUACGAUCAAACUUUUUCUGCUGACCCAAAGGAUUUCUGUAUGCUGGCCCUAGCUAAAUCGGACAGGUUUAGGCUGAUUAACUGCGACCAACUCCUUGAGCCUUUGGAGACGGCUAUUACUGAUGCUGGUCUUGUUAUUCAAGAAAAACUGGAUUACUACGGAAGCCAUGAGAUCAAGAUUAAAGGAAAUCCUUGGCGUUCUAAUGAUAGUGAAGCUAUUACUGCACGAAGAAGUAUUUCACGGAUUAUGGAAGUUUUUGAGCAGAAUGGUUACAGCCCUCUCUACGCAAUUGACGUUAGUCGUGGACUAACUGACAAAUCCUCCAUUCUCUUCCAGAAAACUACAACCCAGUUAACUGCAAAUAUGCUUGCCUGGCACUGACCGGUACGAAUAGGCUGGCACUACUAGAUUUUCCCGCUGAUGUUAGUGCCGCUAUGAAGGACUGUAUACAACAAUUCUACCCUACUGGUAUCCACAAGGAGGUCCAAUUACCAGACUCCAACCUACAAGUUGAUGUUCAAGGAGAUCCGUGGAUGGCUCUUGGAUUUGGUAAGGGUAGUGCUCGAUUUCACAUGAGAGCCGUGAUGGGUAAAAUGAUGGCGGUUGCGGCCCAGCAUGGCUGGCAUGUCUCAAUUUCAGCAGAUGUUUCGGCGAAAUUCCUGAAGGAAAGGACAAUAGAUGUUCACAGCCUCUAUUUUGUGAACACACAGUAGGAAACGGUUUUUGAACAAAGACUGCUUGAAUAUUGCUAACUUUUUUAUGUAAAAUAUGUCCAAUAGAAAGAUAAAAAUUUAAGAUAAUGUUAUAGGGAAUUAAUUUUUUUGUUAAAAACUUGUAACUUUUGUCAGUGUUCAGGCUACACUAUGCAUAUGCGUCUAUGCCCUGUGUUUUUUAUGACUCUAUUUUCCUCCUAA